GCGGGUCCUCGAUCAUGAGCUCGCCCUUCAUGUUCUCGGUCGCCCUCGCUCGGCGGAUCGCACGCACUCGCGUGCCUCUCUAUCUUCGACAUUACGCUGCGCCUCCUCCAUCAGGGCUCUCGGAUGGAGAGCGCACGAUAUACAGCAAGCUGACGGAGAGGUUCUCCCCAUCCGAGCUUGAAGUACAGGAUAUUUCAGGAGGUUGUGGGACAUUCUACCACAUAGUCAUCGCAAGCGAGGCAUUUAAGGGAAUACCGAUGAUCAAGCAACACCGGUUGGUCAAUGAAACACUCAAGAAGGAGAUCGAGGGCAUCCAUGGCUUGCAGCUACAAACAAGAACGCCGUGACCGCAUCAAGGUAGUUUUGUACGCAUAUGCCUCCUCUUCAUGCACUUUGUGCCGCUGAGUUAGCGUCGAUCAGCACCUCUCUCAUUUUCACUCAUAUGGGUGUUCAAGCUUCAAGUCCUGCUUCUGCAGACUACUGUAGCAUAUAAAGCAGCGGCUGAAAGUUAAGGCUUGGUUUUAAAAUCUGAUUUAUCGAUGCAGAGAACAUCUGACUUCAAU